AUGGCGCUCAGUAACCCCUUUGUGCUGCGAUGGGGAGUGAUCUCCACAGGCAGGAUUGCCAUGGAAUUCGUGAAAGACUGUUCAAUCGAUCCGUUGACGCGCGGUACAACCGAUGUUGUCCACAAAGUCAUUGCGGUCGGAUCUCGACACGGCAACGUUCAAAAGGCCGUGGACUUCAUCAAGGCAUACGGUGCAGGGCAGCCCAUCAAGGCAUAUGGCACCUACGAAGACGUCUUUGCAGACAAGGAUGUUGAUGCCAUCUACAUCGGAUCCCCCCACACGCAGCACUAUGAGAAUGCGCUUGCGGCGCUCCUCGCGGGAAAACAUGUUCUAUGCGAGAAAGCCACAACAUCUAACGCCGCUGAACUACGGCACUUGCUGUCUGUCGCUAAACAGAAGCAACUUUUCUUUAUGGAAGCUAUGUGGACGAGGUUCCAGCCUUUGACCAAGGAAGUAAAGCGAAUUGCUGAGGAGGGCACUCUUGGAGAUCCCGUCGUACUGCAUGCUGAUUUAUCUCAUGAUUUUGAUAUUGAGGACAUUCCCACCUCUCACAGAAUAAUUGACCCCCGCCUUGGAGGAGGGGCUCUGCUUGACCUAGGACCAUAUCCGUUGUUCUGGACUGUGCUAGCUCUAUACGAUCAUCCGAAAAAUCAGAAGGAAAAGCCCACUAGCAUCAGCGCAUCUAUGAUCAAGACCCCAAUAACUGGUGUCGACAGCAGCACGGCCUGGUCGGUGAAUUUCACCAAGACCUUACGUGCGCAGGCGAUCCUCAGCUGCAGCAUAACGGUACCGACGGCGCAUUUUGGAGUUACUAUACGGUACCGCAACGGAAACAUCAUUAUCGGGACGCCCAUCUUCAAGCCGACUUCAUUCACGGUGCAAUACUUCGACAAGCCCGGUAGCGGAGUGAUUAUUCGUGAGGAGAAGCGUGUAUUCCACUACGUCGGCGGCGGUUGGCACUUCGAGGCAGAUGAGGUGGCUAGGUGCGUGAGAGAUGGUAAGCUGGAGAGCGAGCUGUGGGGCCAUGACAAGAGUCUGCUCCUGAUGGAGACUUUCGACGAGGUCCGGCGCCAAGGCGGCUAUAAGUUGCCAGAUGGUGUCGAAAAGGUGCUCUGA